GAAGAAGAACAAAACCGAAAGCCCUCCGCUUUUCUUUUCCGCUGUUUCACCAGAUAUCUUCUUCUUCUUCUUCUUCUUCUUCUUCUCCCUGAGCUAAAACCCAGAAGAACCCUAAUUUGUGUGUCUCCUUCGAUGCUUUUCCUUUUCCUUGUCGUAUCUGCGGAUCCGGAUUCCUUUUUUAAAUUUCUCGUUUGAGCUUAUCAGCCGCCGAUUCGCUCGUGUUUUUCGAAUUUCACCCGGAUUCGGUUUGGCUUUGGAUCUGGAAUUUUUGGUUUUCUACGAGUUGAUUUGAAGAAUUUUUGGGUAUUUUCGGGGUGGGUUUUUCUGGUGAUAACAAGAGUGUGAAUUUUCGAAAGAAAAAGGAAAUUUUUUGGGUAUCCUGGAAUACUGGAAUUUCGAAUCUUUAGAUGGGUGAGGGCGGUGAUGGAAGCGAAUUCCCGCCAAAAAAGGAGCAACCGGAAGCGUCUGAUUUCCCGGCGAAGAAACCGGCGAGGCAGCUUGACUUCACUGGUGGCGCUGAUGCGGUUCUAACGGAACAUUCUCAGUCCAAAGCUCCCGCUCCCGCUCCCGCAACGGCGGCGGCGAUGAAGACAAGCACGGCACCCGCUGCCUCUUCAACGGCGGCGCGCCCUGCGGCGGCAGGAAUCGGGCAGGUUCGGUCGACGAUGCCAGCGGUGGCGCCGAUGCCGCCUUCGGUAACGCAGGUCCUUCAUACCCCAGUCAGGCUUUCGAAGCCAGAAUCUCCCAAAUCUAGGGCAAGGCCUGCUGUGGAUGCUAGAGAUGGAACCCCUCAGAAGAAAAAGCAGUGUAACUGCAAGCACUCACGAUGCUUGAAACUGUAUUGUGAAUGCUUUGCAUCCGGCACAUAUUGUGAUGGAUGUAAUUGUGCAAAUUGCUUUAACAACGUUGAAAAUGAAGCUGCCAGGCGAGAAGCUGUGGAAGCAACUCUGGAGCGGAAUCCUACUGCAUUUAGACCUAAAAUUGCUAGCAGUCCUCACAGUGCACGGGAUAGUGGGGAAGAGAUCGGUGAAGUUCUUAUGUUAGGGAAGCACAACAAAGGAUGCCACUGCAAGAAAUCGGGUUGCCUUAAGAAGUAUUGUGAAUGCUUUCAGGCUAAUAUUCUGUGUUCUGAGAACUGCAAAUGCUUGGAUUGCAAAAACUAUGAAGGAAGUGAAGAGAGACAGGCUCUCUUUCACGGUGAACAUGCCAACAACGUGGCUUAUCUCCAACAGGCAGCAAAUGCUGCCAUAACUGGAGCUGUCGGUUCCUCUGGCUUUGCAUCCUCUCCAGGACCUAAAAGGAGGAAAUCUCAGGAAAUUAUCUUUAACCAAGCAACGAAGGAUUCAUCUAUUCAUAGGUUCAGCCAUUUUCAACAGGCAAAUAGCGGAAGAGCAACUGGGCCAACGUCAUGUACAUCCACAGUUCCUAUUUCCCGUGCUUCUGGCAAUGCAUCAUCAGUUCCAUCCAAAUUUGUAUACAGGUCUCUCUUGGCAGACAUCAUUCAACCACAGGAUGUGAAAGCACUUUGCUCUGUUUUGGUCGCCGUAGCUGGAGAAGCGGCAAAGACAUUGGCAGACCAGAGAAAUGAAACAGAAAAACGGAUGGAAGAUCAGCCAGAAACUUCCUUAGCCUCUUCUGCUGCACAAAAUGGAGGACAAGGCAAUAAAGGUGUCAAGGUUGAGAAAGUCGAAACUGGUGAUGGUUCAAGUGGAAGUCAAGUUGAUAAAGCCAGGGGAGAAGAUUCCAAUUCUGAUGGCACCAACGCUUCUAAAGGAAGACCUCUGUCUCCUGCAACUUUGGCAUUGAUGUGCGACGAACAGGACACUAUGUUCAUGGUAACAGCAUCACCUAAUGUUUCAGUGGACCCUGGCAGUCACAGGACAACCUCACAGCUACCUAACGGACAAGGCCUGUCAGAAAUUUACGCAGAGCAGGAGAGAAUAGUUUUGACCAAGUUCCGGGACUGCCUUAAUCGACUUAUCUCCUAUGGAGAACUAAAGGAAUCAAACUGUUCAUCUUUGGCAAGAACGCAUCUAGACUCGCCUGCAGCUGUGAAAACUGAAGCUGGGAUUCAUCAGGGUCCAAUCCCGAAUGGAGUUUCUCGAACCACUACCCAAUCUACAGCCAAAUCAACAUCGACGCAACUGACUGCAGCAUCCAUACCAAACCCCUCAAACACUCAUCUUCAUAAACCUCCAGUUUUGUCAGAGAAGAAAGACCUUUGAACUGAGUAUUUACUACAAUAACAUACUAAAGACAACAGUGCAGCAAAAACCCUGUCUGAGUCUGACCAGUUCAGCUUGUUAUUAUAAGGUAUGCCUCCACAUUCCUGUAACACUACACUCUCUUCUUCUGAUCUAAAGCUUUCUGGACGAUAAGCGAUAAUGGCGGGCUAAGCACAUCGGACUGGUGAUUAGUGAUGAUGGAGGAUUAACUUAAAGCUUCUUCUCACACAGUCUCUGUUGAGUUCUUGAUCUUCUUUGGUUCUUCUGGUUCAGAGUUUGGUCUUGAGCUCGUUGUCUUUUGCGGCGGCUGGUGUAGAUUUAGAGAGGUGUGACAUAAUUAGUCUUUCCUUUUCUUUUUCACGAGAUAAGUAUUGUUACUCUGUACAUUGUUACUUGCCAUUUGCAAUUGGCAACCACAGUUGUGUUUUUCUUUUUUGGACUUAGGACAUGCUUUAGUCUUUGAUGUAGAAAUAUUCCCAAAUAAGUCUUCCAUAGUUUUGGGGGCAGAUCCUUUGGUCAAAUGUGAGUCAUAACAAUUUAUUUUAUAAAAAGUUUAAAAACAUGUUUUCA